GAACGAUAAAGAGGAAAAGGAGCUUCGAACUUGAACGUCAGUCCAAUCUAUACUCAUCUACACCAGUCUACUACUUAUUUCGCCAACUAUCAGCGCCAUUUCAUGAAUUUAAUGUUACCCCCUUGAGUCGUGGUUCUGGGUUCACUUCCUGUCUUUCUCCUUAUCGGAGCUUGACAAUACCAGGUUGCUGGUUCAAGAAUGAUCUGGAGCUGUAAGUUGUGCGCAGCUUCUUUCACCUCCAGAAUACAGUUAUUUAGACACUACAGGCUGCAGCACAGCCACUAUUCCAGAAUCAGCCCUCUUCCAUGCCUCUACACUGAUUGCAUUUGUACAUUUCAGACACUUAAUGCACUCAGUACUCAUCUGUCAAGAUAUCAUACAGCACAAUCUAGCAGUUGUGCAGAGCAGAGUCAGGGGACUGUGUUAUUUAAAUGCUCUUUAUGCACAUAUCAGCAACCCUUUUCUAAAUCGGACGUUUUCAGUCAUCUCAGAAAGCAUUUGAAAAAUCAUGAAACAGUGACGUGCCCAUAUAAGGAUUGUAGCUAUCGCACAAAUGUGUACUCCUCAUUUAAUUCCCAUAAAAGUAGAGCACACCAAGAAGGUCUUGCAUCAGACUUUCAAACUGAUAUUGUCAGUGAGGAUCCCCAUAAUCUUCAAGCCAGUAUUUCUGAGGGAAAUAAUGAUUUCCAUGAAGAAUGCCCAGGCCCGAGCAGAGAAGUGGGGAAUGAUGAUCAGUGUGACACUGGCAGUCUAAGAAAUCAACUUAAAAAAAAUGUAUCUUCCUUAUUCCUAAAGAUGCAGGCUAUCCUCCAUGUCUCAAACACAGCUACUCAGGAAAUAGUAGACCACUUGAAUGACAUCUUCUCCUUAUCUGAGCCGUUGAUCAAAGAGGCAGUUAGUGACAUACUGCAAAGAAAUGGUCACAUUAUUACAGAACCUACACUUAGUGAAGUUGUUCCGGCUGUCAUGGACUGCAAUGUUCUGUCUACAUCAACCUCUAAAGGUGCCGAGUUGAGUUCACACAAGCGUAGAAAAACCUUUAUUGAGCGCAACUAUCCUUGUGUUAUGCCAGUGGAGUAUCAGUUGGAGGAACCUGGACAUACCAGCAUGUAUGUUCCUAUCCUUUCAAUGAUUCAAGAGCUUUUUAAAAACACGGACAUUCUUAACAAGAUUACUGAAAAAAAUACUGCAUCUGGUCAAUAUGUGGCUUUGUAG